AAUAACGUCGCCAGAUACCGGAGCAAGAGCAGGUCCCGGCGGUCCCAGCGAGAGCUGUGUCGUGCUGCGGGAAUUAGCUGCAUCCCCACUCGAACACACAGGCUAUCAGAUUCGCCGAUUAAUUGGAUUGAGUGAGUUGAGGAAAACUCUCGGCAGAUAUUUUUAGUACUUUGAAGGUUCUUAAGUGCUUUUGAUUUCUCCUGAAUGCCAACAAUCUUAUAUUCUAAAGGAAUGAGGAAGUGAUAGGGCUUAUCUCACAGGCAGAUGCUUGGAUUUGACCUUGAUAGCCAAUCGAGAAAGGAAAAAUAUGCUGCUGAUAUUUCCUCCAUAAAGGAAGCACAUGCCCGACUAAAAUCAUUGGUUCAUAAAACACCGGUUCUUUCCUCUGAAUCUCUGAAUGCUAUUUCAGGAAGGCAGCUGUACUUUAAGUGUGAAUGUUUCCAGAAGGGUGGAGCAUUUAAAUUUAGAGGUGCCUGCAAUGCUGUUUUCUCUCUUGAUGAUACUGAUGCUUCCAAAGGGGUCACAACACACAGCAGUGGUAACCAUGCUGCAGCAUUGGCUUUGGCGGCAAAGCUAAGGGGGAUCCCUGCGUAUAUUGUUAUUCCAAAAGGUGCUCCAACUUGCAAGGUUGAGAAUGUAAAGCGUUAUGGUGGUCAAGUUAUCUGGUCUGAAGCCUCUAUGAGGUCCAGGGAGGAAAUUGCAAACAAAGUGUGGCAAGAGACUGGUGCUAUUUUUAUACAUCCAUAUAAUGAUGGACGUAUUUUGAGCGGCCAGGGCACCAUAUCAUUGGAGUUACUGGAACAAGCUCCACAAAUAGACACACUAGUAGUUCCCAUUAGUGGUGGUGGUCUGAUAUCAGGAGUAGCAUUGGCUGCCAAGUCCAUCAACCCUGCUAUACGUAUUUUAGCUGCUGAACCUAAGGGGGCUGAUGACGCUGCACAAUCUAAAGCAGCCGGGAGGAUAAUCACAUUGCCUGAAACCAAUACUAUAGCUGAUGGGCUUAGAGCUUUUCUUGGAGAUUUAACAUGGCCUGUAGUACGAGAUCUUGUUGAAGACGUUAUAACUGUGGAAGACAGUGAAAUAGUAAAAGCCAUGAAACUUUGUUUUGAGAUUCUUAAGGUUGUCGUUGAACCAAGUGGAGCGAUUGGCCUUGCUGCUGUUCUAUCGGAUGCCUUCCAGAAAAAUCCUGCUUGGAAGGACUGCAAACAUGUAGGAAUUGUAAUUUCGGGGGGAAAUGUUGAUCUUGGCAUGCUUUGGAAAUCUUUGGAGAAAUGAAAAUUAACUUAUUUAUUUAACAAUACCUUACCAUGGAUUUAAGAUUUGUUAGAAGUUUUUCUUUCUGGAAAACUCGUUUAUUCAGUUCUGCCGUGCUGAAGUCAAAUGCUAAACUUGUUGGGUUAAUUUUCUUGUCAGGAAUUGCGUCAUCUAGGUAAAAAUAUAAAACCUUCUUUAGAACCUUAA